AUGGGGAGAGUCUGGACGCAGAGGCAGCGCGGGUGCUGAUGGGAGGAACAAUGCACAAUCCUGUAGUGAGUAGUGUGCAGUGAAGUGAAGUAAAGCAACUCACGCAGUCUCCUCAUCAGCAGCUUUAAACAAAACAAAGCCGAAAGCCCGCGGCGCGACACGCAGCUUCUGUUCUCUCUCUCUCUCUCUCUCUCUCUCUCGCACUGCGUUUGUGCGUGUAGAAAAGUGGCUUUUUUACUCGCAAACACCUUCAUAUCUUGUGCAAAGAGGAAAAGUGAUGAUGGUGCGCUUUGGUGAAUGACUUCUAUUCCUCUGCGCUUUUUGGUCCUGAAUCGCUUUGGUCUAAUAGCUUUUUAAGUGAAAAGGGCGGAUUGAAUGGAAGAGCUGAUCUGAAGGUCCGGGGAAGAGGAAAUGAGCAGAUGUGAAUGGGAGAACACUGACAGCCUACAGUUCUCCGGAUGUUGACUGAUCCUUCGAGCGUCUAGUGGAUGCUGCAAGUGAUAUUUAUUGGUAGGAUCUGUUUUUUAUUGGGAACUAGACCAAUGCGUAAGUGAACUGCAAAUGAUGGAAGUUUAGCGCUGCAUCAUUACUUUCUACACCGGUGCUUCUAGAAAACGGAAGUUUUUUUUUUUCUUUAUCUCAUUGUGAACUGAUUUUCGGAGGUGAAGCAUGGCCAUAAACACCGACAGUGAGUUUGAGAAGACGGGUCUGGCUGAACGCGGUAGGGUGCAGCAGGAAACGGAGAAGCUGCUGUGUGACGGCGGUGCAGGAAACGGGCUCAGCAUGUCCACCUCCGGGACACUCACUGUGGACGUAGAGAAAGGAGCCGAGGGCGAGCAGAACGGCCAUGGGGGACCACAGAGAUCAGGCUCAGUGGUGCAGCUCGCCUCGGCACCCCUGUCCUCCUCCAGACCAAGCCUGAGCCGCACCUCGUCCACCGGCAACGCGGUGCAUGAGCAGCCCAAACCCAAAGACUACCUGCUGCUGGUCAUCCUGUCCUGCUUCUGUCCCGUCUGGCCCGUAAGCAUCGUAGCGCUCGUGUAUUCCAUCAUGUCCAGAAAUAGCCUACAGCAGGGGGAUAUCGAUGGGGCAAAACGUCUGGGUCGCCUGGCUCGCCUACUCAGCAUCGUGGCUAUCAUCCUGGGCCUGGUCUCAAUUAUUGUUUACGUCGUGGUGUCAGUGAGCUAAAGAACGGGAAGACCCAUCUGACGAGAAACAACCAUCUACAGCAAAAAAAAUCUCUACUGUGUAAUUAGAAAAGAUGAGAUCUUUCGUAUAAAAUGACCUACAAAACAAAAAGAAACUAAAAGGAGUGUAGCAAAAAUAAGAUCUAUUUACAGAGAAAUGACAUGCAUGCUAUAAGUUAACGUGUGCUUGAUAAAAAUAAAAGAAAACACAACUAUAGGUUUAAAACCAACAGUGUACACCAAACACUGUUCCUCUGACGAAACUGACUGAAGAUGAUGCCGAGGAUGAGAGCAGAACUCUUCAGCGAGAUGGGGACCUCGAGCUACAAGAUGCAUUCUAACGUUAUAUUACUCCUGAAAUAUCCAGAUGCACAGAUAUAUUUGCAAUAUAACUCUUCACAUAUAUUUUAUGUAAAGAUUUGUAUGACAAGAUGAAAUGAACUUGGGGAAACAGGAGAGUCUUAGCUUUGCCGGAUGUGCCGGACUUGAAAAUGGAAACGAUGAUGAACGGGAGGAGUGGUUUUGUUUUACGUUCUUUAUUUUGUAGCUUUUGAUUCAUGAAGAAUGAACACUUGCAUGUGAAAAGCCGAACAUCAUCUCCUUUUAGAAAGACUGGCGUUUUUUUGUUUUUCAUUUGUGGGCAGAAUUGCACACACUACAUGACCGGAGCUGGUCUUGGCACGGAUGAGCUGAUUCUCUUGGCCUUGCUUUUGGAAGUGGUGCGAGUACUAAGCACUGAAACGCAUGCCGAAUCCCCUUUCCCAAAUAAAUCUGAGUUACCUGCUGAAGCAUGGACAAACGUCUAGAGGCAUGAUGAGGGCAGGACCACUUCACCGUGCUCUGUGCCAAAGCCCUCAGAGCUGAACUCUACCCACAAUCACUGAAACCACUAGUGCAGAAUGCCACUCUAGCUCUUAUGGACUCUUAACUUGUAUACGUAUGCUAUAUAUCCAUAUACUUAUCAAACUAUUUAGGCAUGCUGUAGACAGACAGUACAUCUGUUUGCUAAUUUCUCUCUCUCUCUCUCUCUCUCUCUCUCUCUCUCUCACACACACACAAAAAAAAUGCCAUUUUAAUCUUAAAAUUGAAUUGUUUCUCUGAUAUGACACAAAUUACAGUAUUUCUUGCAUCUCUGCAACCAUUAAAAGAGUUAAAUUCUAGACAUCUAGAUCUAGCUGUUAGGCUUUUUCCUCAUAACUGGAAUACAUGACCAUUUUCUCAUUCUGUUCAAGUAUUUUACUGCCCCAUUCAAUGAUUUCCAAGCACUUUAUUACCUGAAGCUUUUCAGGAUUUUUACACCAGAUUACACCAAUGAUUCUCUUCACAUUGAUUAGCAAAUUUAUGUAUUUUUCUCUUUGAUAUAUUGCCUUGUUUUUCUUUUAUUUGUUUUGUACAGGUAGAGACUGUUAGCAUCUACAAAACCACCCAGAAUCACUAAUCACUGGAUUCUGUAUACCGUUUUACCUCAUCCACUGUUUUUCUGUCCCUACUGUGUGUGUGUGUGUGUGUGUGUGUGUGUGUGUAUGCGUGUGAAUGUAAGAGUUAGAAAUGCUAUGCUUUGCUCUAAGCUGUGGAACAUUUAGACAAACACAGCUCACUUAUAUCUGUUUCAUACAUCAGGUACUUACUGUACAUUCAUGUGCAGUGCCAAUAUUGAUGAGAUGCACAAGUGCUGCUAUGUGUCUAAAACUGUGAUUUUUUUUUUUUCCCCCCUUCAAUGGUUUAUGGUACCUUGGUUCACUUUGGAUAUGAAUUUUCAUUUCGUAGAUUCGUUGCGUACUUCUGCAUGGGUGGAAUAAAUGUUAACGUGCAUGGUCUAA